CUUAUGACAUGGGCCUUUUGUGCCUUGCUGCUCUACACAGUGGAUGCCAUUGAGCUGACUGACAUGUUUGGGGAGAUCCAGUCUCCCAACUUCCCAGAUUCUUAUCCCAGUGACUCAGAAGUGACAUGGAACAUAUCUGUGCCUGAUGGAUUUAAAAUCAAGCUGUACUUCAUGCAUUUUGACUUGGAGUCCUCCUACCUCUGUGAAUAUGACUAUGUGAAGAUUGAAGCUGAGGACCAGGAGCUGGCAACCUUCUGCGGCAGGGAGACCACAGACACAGAGCAGGCUCCUGGCCAGCAAGUGAUCCUGUCCCCAGGGCCCUACAUGGGGCUCACUUUCAGGUCGGACUUCUCCAAUGAGGAACGCUUCACCGGCUUUGAUGCCCAUUACACUGCCGUGGAUGUGGAUGAGUGCCUGGAGAAAAGUGAUGAGGAGCUGGCUUGUGACCACUACUGCCACAACUACAUCGGCGGGUACUACUGCUCCUGCAGGUUUGGCUACAUCCUCCACUCCGACAACAGGACCUGCAAAGUGGAGUGCAGUGACAACCUGUACACCCAGAGGAGCGGGGUGGUCACCAGCGCUGACUUUCCCAGCCCCUACCCCAAGAGCUCAGACUGCCUGUACCGUAUCGAGCUGGAGGAGGGUUUCUUCAUUACCAUGAACUUCGAAGACAGCUUUGAUGUGGAAGACCACCCUGAGGUGACCUGUCCUUAUGACUACAUCAAGAUCAAAGCUGGAAAUAGGGAGUUUGGCCCUUUCUGUGGAGAGAAGUCUCCAGGACGCAUUGAAACCCAAACCAACAGUGUUCAAAUCCUUUUCCACAGUGACAACUCGGGAGAGAAUAGGGGCUGGAAGCUGUCAUACACAGCAAUUGGGAACCCAUGCCCACUGGUGCAACCACCGAUCAAUGGGAAAAUUGAGCCUUCCCAAGCCAAGUACACCUUCAAAGACCAGGUUGUCAUCAGCUGCAAUACCGGAUACAAAGUACUGAAGGAUAACCUGGAAAGUGACUCCUUCCAGAUUGAGUGUCUAAAGGACGGGACAUGGAGUAACAAGAUCCCUAUCUGCAAAAUUGCUGACUGCAAAGCGCCGCCGGAGCUGGAGCAUGGCUUUGCCACCUUCUCCUCCAGGAACAACCUGACCACCUACCGAGCAACCAUCCAGUACCACUGCCAGCAUCCCUACUACCACAUGGCCCCCAACAGCACCGCCACCUACACGUGUGAUGCAUCAGGAGUAUGGAGGAGUGAAGAGCUGGGGAUCAAGCUGCCAUCCUGCCAACCAGUGUGCGGCCGGCCGGCUCGUCCUCUGCCUGGGAUCAUCAAGCGCAUCAUUGGUGGGCGAAACGCAGAGCCCGGCUUCUUCCCCUGGCAGGCCCUGAUUGUGGUGGAGGACAUGUCCCGAGUGCCCAAUGACAAAUGGUUUGGCAGCGGGGCCCUGCUCUCAGACUCCUGGGUGCUGACGGCUGCCCACGUGCUCCGCUCCCAGCGGCGAGACAAGACUGUCAUCCCGGUCUCCAAGGAGCACGUCACUGUCUACCUGGCUCUCCAUGAUGUGAGGAACAAGAUGGAGGCUGUCAACCGGACAGUGGAGAGGAUCAUCCUCCACGAGGAGUUUGACAUCCAGAAUUACAACCAUGACAUUGCUCUGGUCAAACUGAAGGAGAAGGUGACCAUGGGGAACUAUGUCAUGCCUGUCUGCCUGCCCCAGUUUGAGCACGAGCUGGAGGGUCCUCACCCCAACACACUGGGGCUGGUGGCUGGCUGGGGUAUCUCCAACCCCAACAUCACGGUGGACGAGAUCAUCAGCUCGGGCAUGAGGACACUGUCCGACAUCCUGCAGUAUGUCAAGCUGCCGGUGGUGCUGCACGCAGAGUGUAAGACCAGCUAUGAAUCACGGUCGGGGAACUACAGUGUGACUGAGAACAUGUUCUGCGCUGGCUACUAUGAAGGUGGGAAGGACACUUGCUUGGGAGACAGCGGAGGAGCCUUCGUCAUCCAGGACCCAGGAACCCGGAGAUGGGUGGCCCAAGGGCUGGUCUCAUGGGGUGGCCCAGAGGAGUGCGGCAGCAAGCAGGUGUAUGGUGUGUACACUAAAGUCUCCAACUAUGUGGACUGGGUGGAGAAGAAAACAGGCUCCUCAGAGAGGUGGACAUUUCUGGACUCGGAGCUGGAGAGAUGA